AUGAGCAUUCCUGAUUUUCAACUAUCGGCGGACCAAAAGGACGAUAUCUUUUCACCGCUGGUAUUAAUAUGCGCUGUGGGGGCCGCUACCGGACGCUAUAUUGAGUACCAACUUACUCCAAAGCGUACGGUCAUUGUCGCGUGCUGGCUGAGACAGACCGAGCACGUAACUAGUUGGCUUUUCAAUCAGUUUGCCCUUGUUGCCGUCACUGGAGGAGGGCAUAUAGCAUAG